GUUUGUUAAAAUCCAAAGGGUUUGAAGUUUGAACUGAAUCCCUCUUACUCCUACUCUCAAUCUCAAUCCCCAACUUCGUGAAAUCUCUGCAACGAAACGAAACCCUUACGAUUUGAUUCGGUUUUCGAAAUGUCGAGUAGCUGGAGAAGAACGUUAGGGAACGCAAGAUCCUUCGUCAACAAUUCAAUGGGCGGUCUUAGAGGAGGAAGCAACCUCGCUUCCUGGGUUGUCGCCGGAACCCUAGCUUACUUCCUUUGGAUUAAACCUUCCCAAGACCUCAAACGUGAACAACAGGAAAAAGCGGCUCUUGCUUCCGCUGAGACGCAUCGAUAUGUUGAGACUAGAAAACCUGUUCCUGAUCCUCAAGUUACAGGUUUGAUAUAUGGAAACAAAAACAAAGAUAAUUCAAAUAGGACACAGGAUUAGCUUAUAGCUUGAUUCAAAAUGGAAACAAACUGCAGUGAGACUUAUACUAUUUUUGGAUACAGGGUCAGUUUCAACUUGCUGUGGCUCUCCCUUAGUUUAUCUCUAAUAAAAGGUUACCGUUUGCUGUAUAAAUGUUGCUGAAAAAAAACUGUAUUAAAGAUAUAGUAAAUUCAAUUGUUUUGUUUUAUAUAUCAGCAGUGUUCUGCUCUUCCCAUAUAUCCAUCACUUUAUCUUCCCUUCAAACGUUACAGUGUAAUUUUAAGUUUUAAGCUUGAAUGUUGAUAAUAGUAAGUACUCCCUCUAGUCCCUAGUCCCAUUUAUAAGAA